AUGUCUCGAAUCGAAGACACCUAUCAGAACGGGGACGGUAACUCGGUCUUGUCGAUCGAGCGAGGUGGGGGUGCAGAGCUGACAGUGCUUGGUGAUGGUUCCCCGAAGAUUGACCUCGUCCGGCGCACUACAUUCGUCAUUGGCUCCUGGUGGGAAACGGGAUGCCACACCAACGCGGCACACCUCUGGUUAUCAGCUCUAGCAGCGACCUUGGUGUCCUGUGCAUAUUUCCCCUUUACUGCUGUUAUCUUUGGCGAGAUACAAUUCUACCGUCGCUCGUGGGCACUCAAAGCGAUAGCAAAGCGGGUCUACAAUCUCGCUAGGACGUGUAAAGGGUUCAAAAACGCUGCUCUGGACGCUCUUUGGUCUUCAUUCACGAUUGAGUCAGCCAACCUGAUGCUUAUUCUAUCCUAUUCGGAGAUGGGUACGAUACACCUUACUUACUCUUCAAUGGAGGUCCGGCAGCUGUAUAAACAUGACUGGGAGCUGAGCGUCUUCGCGUAUGACCUCGUUUUGCAUCCUCAGCUGACGGGCAUCGGCAUCCGAUGCAACCUUGAUGCUCGGGGCCACACCCUAAUCAAAGCCAUUUCUCAAGCUUGUCCCCAGCUGCGAAAGCUUGCAGUGGUAGACCGUCUUAAACUUGAUAACGCCAAUCAGCAUCCAGAGCUUAUUGUCGUAAUCAUCGAGCGUCUAUUAUGUCUGCAAAGUCUGAAGUGUGUCAGCCUGAACACUUCGGCUCUGCAUCACAUAUCCCAUCUACCCUUCCUCACCGCUCUCUCUUUGAACUAUGAAUGGGAGGGAGAUAUGGCAAUGGCGCUGUCCACGGCCCGGACGCUUAAGCUUCGCUUCCUUGCGUUGCGCAGAUUAACGUUGCAUGUGGAACACCUGCGAGACGCUGUCACUUUCAUGCGCUGUAUCCUCACGUUCCCUGUUAAGUCCACCACUAGGGUGAACUCCGUACCGACAACGAGCGUCAACGACUUGAAGGACCUCUUUAAUCUGGUGGACGAGCACGCGGCAGUCAAACUAGAGCAUGUUCCACUUCCCUCGCCUCUCACUGACACAGACCUCGAGUGA